AUGAACGAAAAGAGAGUUGCAGAAUUAAAAGGCACAAAGCAGACAGCAACUGGUUCAGCUGCUAGCACAUCAUCUCAUCCUGUCAAGAGAAAAACUGUUGACACAGAAAAUACAGAGUUAAAGAAAGUAAAAGGUACAGACGAAAAACCACAUACGUCUACAUCUGGGCUACCAGCAGAUUUUUUUGAUGAAACAGAGCAAGAUAGGGCAAACGAACAGCUUUCAAAGGGUCCAGGUCCCAGUUUAUUGUCAGGAAAUUACGAUGAUGAUGAAGAGGAAGAGGAAGAACAAGAUCAAUCAAACAAAUCUUCGGUUAUGCAUAAAACUGAAAUUCCACCUCCAACUCAAGAAGUAAUAGCUAAUUCUCUGCCUGCAGACUUCUUUGACAGCAAAACUACAGCUGCUCCUGUAGUUUCCCAUUCAGGAUCCAUACAGAAAGCAGAGAUACAAGAGAAGAUAGUGGAAAGGAAAGAAAACACUGCUGAAGCUUUGCCAGAAGGUUUCUUUGAUGAUCCUGAAGUGGAUGCAAAAGUGCGAAAAGUUGAUGCUCCAAAGGAUCAGAUGGACAAAGAAUGGGAUGAAUUUCAAAAGGCAAUGCGACAGGUCAACACAAUUUCAGAAGCAAUAGUGGCAGAAGAGGAUGAGGAGGGACGACUAGAUCGUCAGAUUGGAGAAAUUGAUGAGCAGAUUGAAUGUUAUCGCCGUGUUGAGCUUUUGCGUAACCGCCAGGAUCUGAUGAAGGAGAAGUUAAAGGAAGCCAUGAGAUUAAGAGCAACACAAGAGAAAGAGGAUGAAGCUAUUGGUAGCGAAGAUGAAGAAGAAUUGCAGGAUUUGCUGUCUCAGGACUGGCGGGUGAAAGGGGCUUUGUUGUAGCGUUUCUGCAACAUGGUUGAAAUUCUCUUUACCUCUCAUGUUAUUUCCAUUGUUAGAAGUGAGAUGGUUUUGUUGAAUAUUUAUUUAAAGACGAUUGUGAGAUGGUAAAGAGCCAAGUGCAUUAAAAAAACCCAGCUUUGUAGAUCUACAGUGGUGUAUUACUUGCUGUAAAAACUGUAUAUUGCAAAUGUUUUACAAUAUUGAAUGCACCUUUCCUAUUAAAAUUAUUGGUUUCCUACCAGAGGUAUUCUAAUGGGAUUAAUAAGUAACUGAAGAAUCUCUAAGGUUUUGGAAGCGUUAGAUAUAUCUGGCAAUUUUGAGACUUGGGUUAUUGUGCAUAGAAGUAAAGGACUUCCAAAAGUGAUAGCGUAUGGAGUUUUCCCAGAUUGCGGGGAUUAGGGAAAGGAAAAUAUUCUGCAUUUAUGUUAUCUUAAGAUUUAUAAGUGCUCUUCCGUCCAUUGCCCCAGCUCCCAAUAAAAUAUGUACAGUUUUUUCAGGAUCUGUUACGGUUCCUCUGUGUAUGUAAGGACUAAGCUCAGAAAUGUUGAGCUACAGCUUUUCCACAGAUACUCUGUGAUGUGCCAUAGGCAGUGCUGAAUAUUUUUCUUUAUAGUAUCUUGUUUUGCUUAGUGCAGCCAUAGUGUAGCAUACCUCACAUUUCUUGAACCAGAGGGGUGAAAACACAAUGGUUACAUAUUUGCAUAACUAAAUGAAAGGGUCACAAAAUGCCAGAGAGGAAGGUACUGCACUGGAAACUGAUGAGGUAAAAUUUAGCUGUAAAUACUGGAAAUUUUCUUAAGGUAUCUUAGGCACAGAGAGCAUCUAAAAUUGAUUUCUGUUCUGAUAAACACAGAUGAAGUAAAAUCGAGAACCAACAAACUUGAGAAGACUGGGACAUGGAAAGCAGAACUACCUUGAGCUUUGGACAUCCAGAAAACUGAAGAAUCAGAAUUAAGGAGGAAGACUUAGCAUUUGUAAUCCUUACUUAUUGAUAUAAUAAUGGAGAGUGUUGCCCAAAUUUAAGAACUGUGGAAUUUCAUGCCACCAAAAAAUAGUUGUGAUUCCCCAGCAUAGUGGUUUUGAAACUGUUACUGUCUUGAGACAUAUGCCAGUCUGUAGAGUGACAGAACACAUGCAUUGAUGCAGAAACUGAUUUAAUCAACAUUACUGCAUUCCUUUCUGGAAC